UUGCAUUGUACAUUUACAUUUUGCUCUUUCUUACUCUUUCAUGUUUACAAGUGAAAAAAAUGGCAUACUGCAUAACAUAACUGCAGUCAGCAGCAAAAACUCACUUUUCAGAAUGUUGUUUUUUCUGUUAAGUGUUUUCAAAUAUUUUAGUUUCUUUAUUAUCCCACAAGCCCAGCAUUAAUCUGAAAGCUGGAUUAAGAGCACAAUAAAAUUAAACAGAAAAUUUGAUUGGAAUUGGGAAAAACUGUUAGCUUUACAAACACAGUAAUGCUGCAGUUAAUUUUUACUCAGGAAUCAGGUUUUAUCCAGGUUACAAAUCAGAAAAUUCAACUACAAUGCCAAUUUAAAUCGGAACGCUAACUUGUGAAGCCGAAAGUCAGGGAUUCCAUUUUGCUGCCAUGUUUAGACCAAAGUUUGACCUUCCCUUGAGACCUAAGUUCCAAAAGAAAAAUCACCAGCUGUCCCACACUGUCUCUUGAAGCCUGUUGGCCUUAUGUGACAGUCCUCUUUUCUCAUUCCUCUGCCCACAGCUGUGACCUUCCCACAGUGGAGGACUGGGAGAGACGCAAACAUUUAAAGUCAACCAGAGACAGAGGGAGUGAAAUCUGGCAGCAGCCAGGUGAAGGCUUGACAGGCGAUGAGUUUGGUGUCUGUUGGAGAUUUCCAUGUUUAGAUUCUGCUGACUCCUGCUGGUGCUCCUAGCCUCAGGAGGGAUCAAUCCAACCACCCCCACCUUCAACCCCUCUGUUUCUCUGCUGUUUCAGCUGCUGCAGCAUCAAAGGUGAAAGCGUCAUUCAUUUCUUGCUACUGUUUUUGUCUGUUGUCUCAGUUUGAAGCCAGGCUUCGAUCGUUGCAGGCUGUAAAUAUCCAACCACUUUAGGGGUUAGACACUGAGCUCCUGAGCCUCCUCAUGAUGCAGCAUCACAUGAGUAGAGAUGGCUCAUCUGAUCCUUUAGGAACCCUUGGAGGCCACGAGCAGCUCUGUCCGAAGGAAAGUCUGGACUGUGAAGACCCCAGAGAAUACUGCUAUGGUGGGUACCACCCUGUCCGGAUUGGUGACACUUUCAACCAAAGAUACCACGUGAUGUCUAAGCUCGGCUGGGGUUUUUUCUCCACAGUAUGGCUCUGCAUGGACCUCAGGUCAGGUCGGAGAGUAGCUGUUAAAGUGCUCAAGAGCGGCGCAGGGUUCACCCAGGCAGGACAGGAUGAACAGGCACUCCUGCGAUAUGUUAGUUCCUUGUGUCUGCUUGUACAUGGCAACAUGAAAAUACAACUUCCCUGUCUCAUUCUUCAGUGUUUCUUUCUCUUGUCUCUUGUACAUCAGUCCAGUGGUCCUGUUAGCCGUCACCCCUCCAGCCAAAGGAUCGUUAAGCUGCUCGAUAAAUUCUAGCUGGCUGGGGUUAACGGUGUCCGUAUCCUUCAUCGCAAUUAUAUAUAAUGAAUGCUGCAACCUCCAAAAUUCAUUAGGUACAUUACAACUUUCAAAUCGCAUAGUCUACAAAACGUGCACUCUGUGUUCAGUAUGUGGUCUUGCUGACAGACGCAUUGUAGUGUAAGCAUGUAGAUUAUAAAACCGUCUUUAACCUGUGUUAAUGAGACAUGUGUCUGGUGCUGGAGCUGCUAGGGCCCAACCUUAGAAGCUGGCAGCUCUGUUUUGGGAAACCAGGCCUGUUGCAGCCUUGGGUUAAGCAAAUACUCACUCAGGUUCUCCAGGGAUUAGACUACCUUCACUCUCAAUGUAAAAUCAUCCACGCAGACAUCAAGCCAGAAAACAUUCUGUUUUACCUGCAGGAGCAGAACAAUAUUGCACCAGCAGGGGGCAGCAGCUCCCUCUCUUUACCAGCUGGAAAGAAGACUGACACCACAGAGCAAGCGAACCCCUACCAAUUAGAAGACAUUUCAGUGAAGAUUGCUGAUUUGGGAAGCUCCUGUUGGGUGUACAAGCAUUUCUGUGAGGAGAUCCAGACCCGUCAGUAUCGCUCUCUAGAGGUCCUGCUUGGAUCUGAGUACGGUCCGCCAGCUGACAUCUGGAGUGUGGCCUGCAUGGCCUUUGAGUUGGUCACCGGAGACUCUUUGUUCCACCCCAAAGCCGGCGAGUUCAUUUCCCUGGAGGAAGACCAUAUCGCCCAGAUCAUUGAGCUCCUCGGCAAAAUUCCACCAGAUGUUGUCUUGUCAGGUAAAUAUUCAGCUGACUACUUCAACCGCAAAGGUGAUCUCCGUCGUGUAGGUCCACUGAGGCCCUGGAGACUUUACGAUGUUCUGGUAGAGAAAUAUAGCUUCCUGCUAGAGCAGGCCUCUGAAUUCUCAGACUUCCUUCUCUGUAUGUUGGAUUAUCACUCUGAGAGAAGGGCAACUGCUGCACAGUGCCUUCGACACCGAUGGUUGACCUCCGGUUAACCUUCUAAAGACCCUGAAGGCAGUGUAAAGUUCAGCGGCAAGACCUCAACAUUUUCAGGGUAUCUUUGAAUUUUUAUAUUUGGGGAAUUCCUGUUGCACUCGGUUAGCAUCAAAAAGAGAAACUUCUAAAUUUGAGCUUCAUAAGCACUUUAGGCAUUUUCCUAUUUUUCUUUAUUCUCCCUGAAUUUUGUUGUUAGACCUUUGGUGUAAAUCCUUAGAUUUGUAUUUCUUUACAGUGUUGGACCUGACUUGAACUGUCCUGACCAUCAAAAGUUAUUCAGUACUUUAUUUGUCAAUUUAUUUUUGUCAUUGAAUGUAUUCAAUAAAGGAUUUUCAUUUAAAUAACAUUUUUACAGCAAAAUAUUAAAGCUCUGUCGAAGAAAUGGUAAA